UGCAAAAUCACGUCUUCUGCCGACGAAAAGCAGCUGAACGCGUCGAGAGAGAAACAUUCGCGGCCUCCCUAUAAAUACGCCAUUCCUCUUAUCUCUCCUUUCCCUCGCAUUUCCUGUCCGCUGUCCUCAGCCCCCUAACAAAUUUCAAGCUUUACCUACCAGGAUUGUCAUUGCAGUUUAAGAUCUUAGAGUAGUCAGAUUAUUUCUAAGACUCUGUUCAUUUGAUAUUCAUGGGGACUGUCGUGGAUUCCACAAACAAGGAAGCAACUGGAAGCCUCCCAAUUAACAAGAAAGUUAAGGUCGUCUUUGUCCUAGGUGGCCCAGGAAGUGGUAAAGGCACCCAGUGUGCAAAUAUUGUUGAACAUUUUGGGUACACCCAUCUAAGUGCUGGUGAUCUCCUUCGAGCAGAGAUCAAGUCUGGUUCUGAAAAUGGGACAAUGAUUCAGAACAUGAUCAAAGAGGGAAAAAUUGUGCCUUCUGAGGUAACAAUUGCCCUUCUCCAACGUGCUAUUCAGGAAAAUGGCAAUGACAAAUUUCUUAUUGAUGGGUUCCCUCGCAAUGAGGAGAAUCGUGCAGCUUUUGAGCGAGUCACUGGAAUUCAGCCAGAUUUUGUCCUUUUCUUUGAUUGUCCUGAAGAAGAGAUGGAGAAGCGCCUUUUGAGUCGGAACCAGGGAAGAGAAGAUGACAACAUUGAGACAAUAAGGAAGCGGUUUAAGGUUUACAUGGAAUCUAGUCUCCCGGUUAUUGAAUAUUACAAGUCAAAGGAAAAGGUCCAGAAGAUUGAUGCUGCCAAACCUGUGAAUGAAGUUUUCAAUGCUGUUAAAGCUGUAUUUACCCCAUCAGGUGGAAAGUGAGUUCGCUAAGGGGUGUUAUCCUGCCUGGACAUCAUGCCGGAUUUGUCUGUGGGGACUACACCGACUGUUGAUGCCGGAAGUUGAUUUCCGCCUAGACUCGAAGCGAGAUUUAUAGUUAAUGCAAGUUUUUUUUUUUUUUUUUUUUUUUUUAAAUUUUAGAUCCGAUGCAAAUGAAAGUCCCUUUUGUUGUUAUGUUGCUAUACUCUAAUAAAUAAAAUUCUUCGUUAUUUUGAAUA